ACUGUCAGUCAGCCAGCCUAAUUUGGCCGGGAUUCAGAGAUUCUGCUAAAAACAAAAUACUAUUUAUAAUAAUUAUAUUUUCAAAGAAUAUUUUAGGCCACCAAGGUUGAAUCCUUUUAUUAUUACCGUGAGACUACUACAUCAUACUAGUAAUAAUAAUAUAAGCUUAUUUUUAGGUGAAUUUUAGGUAACUAUAACCUAGCGAAUGGAUUAUUUAUUUUUAUAGUUGAGUUUGCGAUUUUUUGUAGAAUAGUAAGAUCAUUAUGAAUGUCUUAAGACGUUUAGUGUGUUCACAGUUCGCAAAUAAAGUGUCUAGACAAUGUUUCAUACCAAAGCAUAGAAGCUCCUUAGAUAGACAAUAUUCAAAUUCAAGAUUAAACAUUCUUGGCAUAGAGACAUCGUGUGAUGAUACUGGUUGUGCGAUCAUCAAUGGAAAUGGCAAAGUGUUGUCAGAAGUAGUACAUUCUCAAAAUUUAGUGCAUUUGAGAUAUGGAGGAAUCAUUCCAGAUAUUGCACAAGAUCUUCAUCGUAUACACAUUGAACCGACUGUGUCAAAAACAUUAGAUAAAGCAAAUCUUACCAUGGAAGAUAUUACAGCAAUCGCAGUGACACUAAAACCGGGCCUUCCACUAAGUCUUGCUGUUGGCAUGAAGUAUGCUAAACAUUUGGGGAGGCGGUACAACAAACCAAUAAUACCUAUCCACCACAUGCAAGCACAUGCACUUGUAGCAAGAAUGCAUCAUGAUAUAUCAUUUCCAUUUUUGGUUCUUUUGAUAUCUGGAGGACAUUGUUUACUUGCUAUUGUUCAAGAUGUUGACCAUUUCCAAUUACUUGGAGAAAGUAUGGAUUGUGCUCCCGGGGAAGUUUUUGAUAAAGUGGCAAGAAGGAUGAAACUGAGAAAUGUUCCUGAAUUUUCCAAAUUAAGUGGAGGACAAGCUGUAGAAGCAGCAGCAGCAAAAGCGACUAACCCGCACAUGUUCAAACUUCCCCUGCCACUGUCAGAAUACAAGGACUGUAAUUUUAGUUUAAAUGGUCUUAAAACCUCAGUUCUAUACCAUUUACAUAGAAAAGAAGUAGAACAUAAAAUUGUAGCUCAUGAAUUAAUACCUGAAGUAAAUGACUUAUGUGCAGCUAUGCUGAUGGCAACUACUAGACAUCUUGUACACAGAACACGGAGAGCUAUGGUAUUUUGUACAGAAAAUAAUCUGAUACCUGAAAACUGUAAACAGCUAGUUGUUUCUGGUGGAGUGGCAUGUAACAAUUACAUCUUCAGUGCUCUACAAAUGUUAUGCAAUGAAACCUGUUAUGAUAUUUAUAGACCUUAUCCUAAGUUAUGUACAGACAAUGGAGUAAUGAUAGCUUGGAAUGGUUUUGAAAAAUGGAAAAAAGGCUUGGACAUCACUACAGAUUUUAACACUCUGGAUAUAGAAGCCUCUAGUCCACUAGGAGAAAGCUUAAUAGACCAAGUUAGAGAUGCAAAAAUAUCAACAAAAAUGAUGAAAAUAAAAUCAAGUAUUUAAUUACAA